UCCCUUCAUUUCAUUUCCAUUUCUCUCUCUCUCUCUAAAAUUUCUUCAUUUUCAUUUUCUUUUGUUUUUCUCUCAACGAUUUUUCACGAAUCGGGCGAAAUCUCCUUCCCCUGUUUCGCCUUUUGUUUUGACAUGAAUUUUACACAACAAUAUCUUCAAAUCCAACCCCAAAUCUUUUUGGGUCUUUAAAUUUGUCGUCUUCAAUUCCUUUAUUUGACGAAAAAAAGAUUCAAAACGCAACAAAAAUCACUCAUUUUGGUCUGAUUAUGAAGCCGAUUCAACCACCACCGUCUUCUGCGUUGUCGUCGUCGUCAUCUUCGUCUGGUAAUAAGCGAAUUCCGCGUCGGCGGUCGGACCUAACCCUUCCAAUCCCGCAUCGGGACACGGCUCUGGCGGUGCCGCUUCCUCUUCCGCCCAACUCGGUUACGUCAACGAGUCAGAACAACAACAUAGUGAUGAGUUUCAAUGAACUUGACCGACUCAACCGAGUCGGGAGCGGAUGUGGAGGCACCGUUUACAAAGUCGUCCACCGGCCGACCUCGCGGGUCUUCGCGCUUAAAGUGAUCUACGGCAACCACGAUGACGCCGUCCGCCGUCAGAUCUUGCGGGAGAUUGAGAUCCUCCGCGACGUCGACCACCCGAACGUGGUCAAGUGCCACGACAUGUUCGAUCACAACGGCGAAAUCCAAGUCCUUUUAGAGUUCAUGGACGGCGGCUCUCUCGAAGGCUUACGAAUUGCACACGAAAACUUACUUUCAGAUCUCGCUGGACAAGUCUUAAGUGGAUUAUCGUAUUUACAUCGCCGCCACAUUGUUCAUCGCGAUAUAAAGCCCUCGAAUUUAUUAAUAAAUUCAAGAAAAGUUGUGAAAAUUGCCGAUUUUGGGGUCAGUAGAAUCUUGGCACAAACGAUGGAUCCGUGUAAUUCCUCAGUGGGGACGAUAGCCUAUAUGAGUCCGGAGAGGAUCAAUACGGAUUUGAAUCAAGGGCAGUAUGAUGGAUACGCUGGAGAUAUAUGGAGUUUGGGGGUGAGUAUGUUGGAGUUUUAUUUGGGUAGGUUUCCAUUUUCGGUGGGGCGGCAAGGGGAUUGGGCGAGUUUGAUGAUGGCAAUAUGUAUGUCACAGCCACCGGAGGCUCCGCCGACGGCGUCGAUGGAGUUUAGGGAUUUUAUAAGGUGUUGUUUACAGAGGGAUCCACAUAGCCGGUGGACGGCGGCGCAGUUGUUGCAGCAUCCGUUUAUAUUGAGAGGAGGGGCGAAUCAGGUGAAUCAGAAUCUUCAUCAAUUGUUGCCUCCACCACGACCACUUUCUUCUUAGUUUUUACUUCAUUUUAAUGAAUGGAUGA